ACACGCACGAAAACUAAAAUGGGUGAUGAAGAAGUGCUAGUAGGCUUUAGGUUUUCACCUACUGAGGAAGAAUUACUAUCUUAUUAUCUUCCUAAGAAGCUGAAUGGGCCCACACCCACCAUUGAUAGGGUUAUACCACUUCUCCCCAUCUAUGACUAUAGUCCUUGGGAGCUACCACAAUUGGCCGGAGAAUUGUGUGGUGGUGGAGAUAGAGAGGAAUGGUUCUUCUUCACCGCGAUGCAAGAAAGGGAAGCCCGCGGAGGAAGGCCUAAUCGCCUUACUGAGGCCGGAUACUGGAAAGCGACCGGCUCUCCUUGUGACAUUUUCACCUCACAAAAUCUUCUAAUUGGAAGGAGAAGGACCAUGGUUUUCUACGUUGGCCGGGCUCCCCAUGGUUUGAAAACUAGCUGGAAAAUGAAUGAGUAUAAAGUCUAUGAUCAGUCUCCUAAUCCUCAGCUGAAGGAAGAACUCAGCUUGUGCCGAAUUUACACCGGAUCCUAUUGCCCGAGGGCGUAUGGUAGGCGGCCAGCAGCGACGAGUCACACAACUGAUGAGGCUGCAGUGAUAACAACUGAUAACAAUCAGCAUAAUUCAGCAAUGGAAAAUGAUCUCAAUUUUGAUAUGGAAACCGAAUUUGAACCGUUAGAUGAUUCGGAAAUACGCAUGUUGCUUGACUUGUUUGACAUAUGA